GUGAAUGUGCGGUAUAUAGUAGAAACGAAAAACGGACAAGACCGAUUUCGUACAAGACCGGAUCGACAGCAUAAUCGAACACGUGAACCAUCGACCGAUUUUUCUUCGAGGAACAAGAACAUCGACGACCGAGUGAUCAAAUAUUUUCCCUGGCGAACCAGUGAUAACGCGUUGGGUGGUGAAAAUCACGGAACGACCGGUUGGAUCUUGUUACAACUGACGUGCCAACGUUACCUCACGACACGAGAUUAUCGAGGACUAUCGAGGACCUUCUUCCGUGUCAACGAAUUACUAGUUGAAUACCUGGAGGAAGGAAUAGCAUUAUAAUCGGAAAGGAUUUGGAUUCGACGAUAAAGAGGUUUAAGGGAAUGACGGGAAGGUCCAGCACGAAACGGACGGGCCUGUGUCUGUUGGCACUGUUAUUGUCCUGCCUCUCUAGCGACGUCUUCGUCGUUGGAGAGCCGGAGCCGCUUCCUUCCGAGUUACUCUAUAAUAAAAACUUUCUCAACGCUGAAAAUCUCAUACUGCUGAAUAAACUGAAGCAAGUGAUCGAGGAAAAGGAGGAUAUGGCGGAGCGAGAAAAGUCACUGGAUAACAUGCAAAUGAUGAUUCAGUCGGUUCUGGAAUCCAGAGCAAAGAUACAAACGGGAGUUCAACCGGAUGAUUAUUCAGGCGAGGAAUUACCGACACCAAACGCUGUGGUCAGCCAGAUGCAACGUUCCGGCAAGCGUACAGCAGCGAUUAGCUAUGUAACCUUGUGCCACAUCAAGAUCUGCAACAUGGGACGCAAGCGACAGUUGCACAAAUAAGCGACGAACGACUAGUUUGCGAACAACGGCCACGUCGAGAAUGGUCGAGCCUCUUGCGCGGCGCACCCUCUGCCUCGAAAGCGAUGCGAAACGGCCGUGCAGACGAGAAGAAAUCGGAAACGGUGGCCACGAUCGGAUCUUCGGUAAAGCCGGUGAUCCAUCGAAUCGGUUGCCAGAGUAUCCCAAGUAGCCAAUUCGACCGAUUCGCCGUAAAACGAUCGUGGCUCUAGCUCCAAUCUCUAACUCUACGACUACGAUCUCCAACUCUAACGAAACGUACCGAUGCUUCAGAAUCGCUUACACGACUAUUCGCAUUCGACGUCGAUUAUCAACCCGAAGCACGCUGAGGGAAAGAAGAGUCGAGGAAGGAUGCAGGUUUACCAGGCGUUUACGAGGUGUUGAUCAAGAAAUGCAAAAAGUUCCCAUUGUUCGGUCGUGUGCCCCUUAGCUCAACCAAGCAAUUCCGAAUCUGAAAGUUUUUCAAAUAAAUCAAUGUAUUCGACAACUGCGACUGGUCUUAUAGGACAAGGCUGAAGAAUUACCUCGCUGUUCGAUCUAUGUUCCUCGUUGGAGAAGAAGGGGUGAGAGGGUUCGCUCCGACUGGCUCGGGCGAGUCUCGAUCACUGGAAGAGCAUGGAGGAUACAGCGAACGACAGCAAACCACGAUCGAAUGCACGCGUUUCGCUCGUAGUAUUCAGCAGUAUAAUUUAAUCCGAUCGAGGACACUGCAUUCGCGGUUGGAACUUUUGUCCCGUUUAAUUGGACAACAACUCGGAUUACCCCGAUAAAGUCUCCUCGAUGAUCGAUCGAUCUUCCGAUUAGCACUCCGGACUACUCACGUAUCUCUCCGAAAAAGGAACAGUAGUCUGUAAAAAUUCCAAACGAUCGGCAAACGGACAAACAUAGCUACGCAGAUAGACAAGAGAGAAUGAAAUGGAAGGAGUUUUUGGAGAGUGGAGUGUCCUCGACGAGCCAUCGAUGAAAAGUCGAAAUGGCGAAUAGGUAUUUAUUCGUUAGCUUUAAGUGAGAAGGGUGCAAGGGCCGAGGCUCCAAUAUUCUCGAAACUGUCUUUAAAGGAAGCAACGAAAGAAAGGAAAUUAACGAAAUUAAUGAAAAAGAAAAGAAAAAUUAUUAUCGCAGCGCAUAAACCCAUAGAAAAUGGCCCCUCUAGUUAGCGAACAAUUUAUUACCGUACGUGUUUCUUUAUGUAAGUACAAGUUAGAACGUACUCUCGCUGAAAUAGAAUGUACGCGUUGCUAUUCACUGAUCAUGACUUACCAAUAUUAUCCUAAUCGCACGUCUCGUGGUGCAUUAAACUGCUGCGUCCUUCCUAUCCUAGAACCGUUAGAUGUUAUGAAAUUUCUUAGUAAAAAGCAACAAGAGGAAAAUACACGAGGAGAGACAGAAGAUAUUUAUGAUAACGAACUCAGGAAAAUAAGAGAGACAGAAAAAGAGAGGCCGUCUGCACCCUUCGUUAAAUUAUUUAUAAUCGUUUCGUAAAAAGAAACGCGUCAUGUUUUUACGUAGUACUUUUAUGCGCCCCUUUUUUAUUUAUUUAACCCCAGUAAAUUCGUUACUUUUUUAGUAGCUUUAAUCCUGCAAACGCAUCGUCGUUUACUCCAAAAUGUUCUGUACGUGACUAGACUGCUAUCCAUCGUUUUCUACGAAUUUUAUUUCUAUUGUUUAUAAUUUAAAUAUACUCUACGUGCACGUAUAUCAAAACUGUCGUAGAUCAUUUACUUGCAAAAUUGAACUCCUCUUACACGAAUGCGCCGUUAUAAUUUUAAACUCCAAACUAAAUUCAAUUUAACGAUAUUUUUGUCGUAUAUUACGUCAGGCUUAACAAAUAUGUGAAAAACGUGGUAAGGUUAUGAUAUUACAUCUCUAUGAUGGCCGAUAGCAAUGUAAUACAACGAUAGCAACAAUAAUAUCGUGCGACCAUGCGAGCUCGUAUGCAACAGUAAAUCCAUUGCUUCCGUUGUAUCGAAGUAACCGGGGCUUGUAAAUGCUUAGAAGUAAACGUCAUGGGCACAAGUAUUUCUUGAUUCGAGAAUAGCGAUAUAGUGGGCGGCUCUCUUUUCUGGCUAUCCAUCGAAUCGUCGAAGUUACAAAGGUAUCUAAGCAUGUACGAUUAUGUUGACUGUGUUACGUCAAGCCGAAUUGUUAAUCUCUCAUGGUAGAAGGUAUUGAACUAGAUGCGCAUGGCGCCGUGCAAAGUAUUAUACACGUGCUUGGUCACGUGAGAUAACAAACGUAAUUACCACAUACAGAUAAAAAUUGCGUAACAUUAUAAGCGCACAUCGCGAGACUUGAUAAUUCACUUACGCGAUUACGAUGUUGUAUUUAUAAAUCAAUAGUAGGAAAACAAUAAUGCAAAUUGAAUCAACAUAACCUUAAAACGCCGUUUGAACUUCUACGAUUAAUUUAUAAAUUGAACUCUUACCAGCAGUUGCAGCUUUUCAAGGAACUUCUGUUUAUUGUAUUCACUCACGACACGAUCAGUUAAUAAAUAAUAUUAAAACCACAAUCAACACAACCAUCCUAGACACACUGCACUUACUGCGUCAUUUUUACCG